GGGGGGGCAUACGAAAUGUCAGUAUUCGACGGCGUGUUCGGGCCCGGCGGCGCGCAGCCGCACAGCUCGCUGUUCGGCGCCGACAGCCAGUUCAGGAGCGAGGGGCAGGCCGCAUGCGCGCCCGGCGCCGCUGCGCGCGAAGAGGCGGCGCCGCACCGUGCUGAAUCGACCCGCAGCAGGGUGAAGAGGAAGAAGGCGGGGGCCGGCGCUGGGGAGCAUGCGGCGCCGGAGGCUCAUGGGGAGGCCGCCCGCGACUCUGGCGGGGGUUCUCGGGAUGCGAUGGGCGCGGAGGGGCCGGCAGGGCCCGACGCCAAGAGGGCGAGGAAGCGGGCGGAGAGGAUGGCCACGCCCGCCGAGUGGUUCAGCUCCGGGGAGGACGAGGAGGGGGAGGCGGGGGGGGAGAGGCCCCGGCCCCGGCGCAAGAAGAGAAAGUUGGACAGCAAGGAUGCCGCUGAACUGAAGACAACAAUUUUUGUAGGCAAUCUUCCAGCAACAGUGGAGAAGAGGCAGCUGGAGCAAAUCUUCCAAAGGUAUGGGGCGAUCGAGUCAGUCCGCAUCAGAUCCAUCCCUGUAAGAGAGGGCACAAAGAUGCCCAAGCGCGCAGCGGCGCAUAAGGGAGAGGUGAACAAGGGCGGCACUUGCAAUGCCUAUGUAGUCUUUGCGAAGAAGAAGUCAGCCAAGCAGGCACAAGGGAUGAAUAUGACUAUGUUUGAAGGCCGCCACUUGCGUGUGGAUAGGGCUGCUCAGCGUGCAGGAAUGAUAGCUGAAGGGUCGACUAUCGUGGCUGACUCGAUUUACGACUCCAGGAAGAGCGUGUUUGUUGGAAACCUGGACUACAGUGUGGAGGAUGAAGAUCUGAUAAGGCUCUUCGACGAUGGUGGCGCAGCACCACUGUGUGCUGGGAUGGUGGAAGCCGUGCGUGUGGUGCGAGACGUCAGAACACGCCAAGGAAAAGGAAUUGCAUUCGUGAAAUUCAGGACAAGGGAGGCUGUGGCCGCUGCAAUGCGACUGGACGGACACAAGUUCAAGAAUAGAGAAAUUCGCAUCAAGGCUGUGGACAAACCAAAGUCGAAAAAAGGCUCAGCCAAGGGGCAGCUGCCGAGCGGUGGUGAACACAGCCUGAGCUGGCAGGGCGUCAGGACAAAGGGGCCAGGCAAGUCGGUUCGGAGCACCCCUGGAAUGCACAAGGAAAGGCGUGCCACCAAGAAAGGCCCACGGAGGGAACCUGCGUCGGGGGGGAAGCACUCCAGCGGCGGGGUGGGCGAGAUCAGGGAGGUGGUGCAAGCGGAGGCAGGGCCGGGAGAGGCGUGCGGGGUGGCAGGGGCAGGGGGGGUAGGAGAGGAGGGGGUGGCCGCGGUGGAGGCAGCCGCAUUCCGGGUCGUGUGGCGGUGUGGCUUUGAUGCGUAG